GGAGAAGCGGAGGGAGAGGCGGCCGUACACUUUGUUCCUGCAGUGUUAGAUCUGUGACUUCAUUUCUAGUGUCUCUCAGGGACUCUCAGCCUGCUCUCCCUCUGUGGCCUCCUCCUCCUCCUCCUCUUUUGCUGACCAAUUUCUGCACUCACGGCAGCCAGGAACCAUGGCCCAGCAGCAACAGAUUAGCCUCCCAGCCAAACUGAUCAACGGAGGGAUUGCAGGCAUGGUAGGAGUCACCUGUGUGUUCCCGAUCGACCUGGCCAAGACCCGCCUGCAGAACCAACGCAGCGGGCAGCAACUCUACAAGAACAUGAUGGAUUGCCUCAUAAAGACGGUUAGAUCUGAAGGCUACUUUGGCAUGUACAGAGGUGCUGCAGUGAAUCUCACCCUGGUAACCCCCGAGAAGGCCAUCAAACUCGCUGCCAACGACUUUUUCCGCCACCAGCUGAGCAAGGACGGUGGGAGGUUGACGGUGGUCAAGGAGAUGCUGGCAGGCUGUUGUGCAGGAAUGUGCCAGGUCAUUGUCACCACACCCAUGGAGAUGCUCAAGAUCCAGCUGCAGGAUGCUGGCAGGCUCGCGGCCCAGCAGAGAGUGAUGCCCACUGUAGUAACGACGCUGAAGAUGGCGGGGACCAGCGCUGUUCUUAGCCGUUCCUACAACACCAGCCCCGCGCCUCAAGUCACGCGAGUGUCCGCCACACAGAUCACCAGAGAGCUGCUGAGGACCAAAGGAGUCACAGGACUGUACAGGGGACUCGGAGCCACGUUGAUGAGGGACAUCCCAUUCUCCGUUGUGUACUUCCCCCUUUUUGCACAUCUGCACCAGCUCGGCCAGCGUUCAUCUGAAGACCCAUCUGUGCCCUUCUAUUGGUCCUUCAUGUCUGGCUGCUUGGCUGGCUGCAUUGCUGCUGUGACCGUCAGCCCUUGUGAUGUGGUAAAGACGAGGCUACAGUCACUCAAAAAGGGAGCUAAUGAGGAAACCUACAAUGGAGUGGUGGACUGUGUCAGGAAGAUCCUGAGAAAGGAGGGUCCCGGGGCGUUCCUAAAGGGAGCCAGUUGCCGCGCCUUGGUCAUUGCCCCACUAUUUGGUAUUGCCCAGGUUGUGUACUUUGUAGGAGUUGGAGAAAUCGUGCUUGGGUACACACCCUACAACAUCUACUCUGCAUAAACAAGCUGUUUCCUCAUCUUUCUGCCGCCUCAUUAAAUCACAGGCAGCUAUGCCCCGGGCAUAGCCGUGGACCCAGCUCUCUAUUGCUGUGUACCUUCUUUAUUGUCGGAGGCUUUCAGAGUAAAACGCUAAAGGGACCAUCAAGAUGCCAUUUCAUUUCAGAAUGGUUGCAAAUAAUGCCUUUAGCAUGACUAUCUCUUAUUAAAAGAGACUGAAACUGAAACUUGCCUGUCUAUAUGGGCUUUACUUGAGCUUAUUACAAGAAAAGAAUUGCUUCACUGAGGGACUUGAUAGCCUAACAUAUACCAGAAUUUCACUCAGAUCAGACUUGACACUACUCCUGUGGCACCAAACCUUUGUCCCUCGCUCUAUAGAUGUAGCCCCUAACCUUAAAUGUGCCCCAUAUCAAUUACCCUUCGCUGUAACCCUAACAUGUGCGUCGCAUCUUCAUAACCACGAGGUGAUUGCUGCUACAUGGUCUUGCAAAAGAGACUGUUCCUGUGCAGGGAGCAUCUACUACGUAAUAACGAAGGCAGAACACAGAGACUUUACUUGAAUAGCUUCAAUCCUGUUUGAAAGGGUUACAUGUGAAACUGGGCCAUGGAUGUUGAUCCCUGCCUUUGUAUAUAGUGUCUUUGUUUGUUUUUUUUUAAGCAGUAAUGAUAACUUCUCUCCUAAGGUCAUUGUCAGAUAUUGUCCUCUAAAUGAUGUGGAUGGGAAAAGAUCUGGAACACCGAACUGGUCGUAGCUCAGGAACGAAUGGAACAUUUUGGCUGUCUGCUCACCGGGAUGCCAUGCCGGGAUUCUGUGUUGGUUCACUUUGCAUCCUACUGAAUUCUUUGCCUCCUUAUCUACUACCCUGCUUCAUUAGUUUGGCACAAGGUUGAAGCUGACUAUAGCUGCUUUCUGGUGUUUAUCUUUCAGAACAAUUGUGGUUGAGGUGUUUGGGUUUUUUCUGCUGGGCACCGGGUGAUUCUUUCCAUGGCAGCCUACACAACUGUUUAUUUAUCAUGCAAGCUUGAACUGUGCAGCUAAACGAGGCCUUCUGCAGUUGACUUUGGAGAGCUGCUUUUUUUUGUGGUGACAGACAUGUUUGAUAGUGGUAAACUAGACUGAUGGACAAGACUUUGAUGGGAUCUGCUGUGCUUUUGGGACCAAGUCUUCUGAAAAAAGUGCAGUGUGACCUACAUAGAGCCACUUUCUCAUCGUUGACUGUGGCUAUCUGUGACUGGUCAGGUUUUCUUGUCAGUUAGAAAUAUGGUAGCCUGCACUUACGUGUCAUAUUAGGCAGAACAGAGUGCAAUGUUGGAUUGCCCUCUCUCUCUCUUCUGAAAAUCUCAUGGGUCAAAGUACUUUGUACAAUUUUAUCAAUGUAAAUAUUUAUCUUGUAUUAUUAUUAUUUUUUAGUUUUCUCAAACUGUGAAAGUUAAACUCAA